CGCGAACUCCCACAAACUCAACAAACAACCCACAAUGGCGGACUUGGAUGAUGAUAUUACGGCGGUUACUCUACAAGACCAAUCGAACGAUGACAACGACCUAGUCGACGAUCUGCCUGAUUUCCGGUUCCUUGCAUCCUUAUCCUCGAAAUCUGCUAAGCUCCCGAAACGAGGAGAGAAAGACUUCGAACCACAUGGCACGAAACAUCAAGGGGGGAUCUUGGAGGCAAGCAGGCAGGCAAUGCAUGAUGCCUUAUCGCAUACGAGGGUUCAUCCACCAAAGGCGUAUUUGCGGGGCUACUAUUAUGGUGAGGACGGCCUGAAUCGAGACGAAGUUAUCGCAGAGGAGUUGAGACGGGGCUUAGAUGAGGACCAUAUUGUCGUCGUAGAAUCAUCGAAAGGCCCACACUUCAAGACAAUGGGCAAGACUACACAGGGUCACAAGUAUGGAAGCAUAUGGCUCUUGCCAGAGGAGGCGCUUUAUCUAGUUGAGCGAGGGAAUCUUGAUCUUUGGUGGCCUACAAGGUCCUCAUUCGCGAGCGUGCAUGAAGGCAUUCAGGGCAGUCGAAAAUCAACGGAGACGGACGACCAGGCAGAAGAAGACCUCGGUGUGCCUAUGAGUUUACAAGCUGCAUACGCUAUGUUGAUCGGCAAGGAUGGAGAGAGAGGCAAAGUCAGCCUGGAAAGAUACACUGUCUAUGCGAAUCUCAAGCGGACGGGCUAUGCAAUCGCCAGAGCGCCAGAUUUGGGUUCCAGCACAGAUGUCGACCACAACAGUCCAACCAUUAUUCAACGAACAGCAGAGUCCCCAAGUCUCAUCACUUGGCUUUUCGGGCGUUUUGCUGAGAGGGGGAGGGAGCGCCCUUUGUACGGUCCGCUGGUACGACCAGGUAUGUACAGAUCGUACAAUACGAUCUACCGACAAAUUGCAAUCAUUCCGCGUCACAAACCUUGCGUAGUGCCUCCGGAACCCGCGCCGUCGCCAGAGGAGCCAUUUCGUGUUGCCUACUUCUUAUGGAGGGCUAGUAAGCUUGCGACUUUUGCCAAGAGCAACCCUGGAGCGCCCGACUUCCGUGUUGCAAUUGCCGAUGCUCGUUCAAGCUCUGUCCCAACCCUCACGCAAAUCACCUCUUUGCUGGAGAGCACGCCAUGGGACCCCCCAAAUCCCGAUUGGGAAGGCAAUGCUAAGAGUUACGGAAGGUUGAAACAUGGUUGGCGAAAUGUGGUCUUGGCCGUCAAUGACCAAGGGGUUAUCAGCUACUUGCAGCUAGGCGAAGCUGCUUUUGGAGAAGAACAAAUGUACGAGAGGUUUGACGGAGGCAGCUCCCAAGGUGCGAAGCGAGGGGUGGGGGGUGCACAGCGUGGCACAGGCGGGCGUGGGAGAGGCAGAGGAGGCAGAGGGAGAGGGAGAGGGGGGCCCGCAAUUAGGGAGUGCUCGUUGGAUUGCGUGGAGAAUGGUCAAUAGUGUUAGAUUAAUAAAGCAGCCUGGAUUGUAUGGGACGGGGGGUGGGCUUAUUGGGCCUUGGGCCUUGGGCAUGGGCACGGCGCGCCUGGGUAGUUGGCAGUUGGCAGCUGGCAGCUGGCUGGCCUGGUCUGCUUAAAGUUAGAAAGGCCUCAGGUCUGGGAGACGAGAGAGACGAGGCGCGCCGGUUGCGUGCAGCUGGUGCAGGUUGGCAAACAAAAAGGCUCGCAGGCCGAAUUAAAGCAUAAUAGCCUGUGCGUAGUUCCGCCAGACCUGACUUAUCAGCACUCAAAGUGAUAAAGCUCCCGAUACGGAGGGAGCGAAUCAGCGCCUUUUAGCGCCACGAUUAAGCGGUUUUAAAUAAGUCUUGCUGGCUUUCGCUCGUCUCAG